AUGUUUUAUUUUGAUGCAAGCCAAUGCUUCUAUGUCUCAUGGCUUUUCCUGGUCAUAGGCUUUGCGGAUACAGCAUCCGUCGUGCUGAUCUGCUAUUUGACGUACAAAAACACAAUAGAGAAUAUGAAGUUGUACAAAUGGGCGAUAAUCAACUCGGUGCUCACUUGCUACUCGUGCGACUUGAUGGCCACGCUCGGGGCGCCGAUUUUUCUCGAUGGCUAUGCCGGUUUCUACGCUUGUUCUUUUAUCCCCUAUCCACCUUUUAUUCUCCAUUGUGCAGCAACUUAUUAUGUCAUUUCCCUUGCCUACAUGCUAUACGCGUACAGUUUCACGGUUUAUUAUCGUCUCUCGAUAAGUCUACCGUUUCAUCAGGUGAAAUACUUCAACAAAUUUGUCUGGCUUGCCUACCCAUUUGCCUAUGCAACGGGGCCGAUCGUUUUCAUCGUGAACGCCAUCAACUAUUUUGACGACAUUAAGGAUACGACUAGACGUUAUAUCUACACCGACGAGAGACUGGCUCCACUAAGAUCCGCCAGCGCCCCGCCCCGCCGGCCUUCAUUUACGAGUUCACCGUGUGGGUUUGGA